GCUUCACCCCUGAUUGACUGUGCAACACUCCAACAGACACACUCGAACGCUUGCAACGAAGCAGCAGUCAUGUCGCGCAGGCAUGUCUGAGCAAGAACAGCGCAAGUAUGUGCUUGACUACAUGCAGGCAAGCAAGGAAUACUUUACAGUCAAGGAACUGGUCGGCAAGAUCUCCAAGACCAACAAGAAGUUUCGUGAGGAUGUCAUUGAAGGCGUCGUGACGAUGUUGCUGGACGAUAGACUCAUUCAGAAGGAAAAGGUCGGGACGUUGAAUGUAGUCUGGUCCUUUCCUGCUGACGCCACCCGUGCCCUCCGUCAGCGCAAACAAGGGUUACUAGACAAGUGUGCAGCUGAGCGCACCAAGCAAGCGAGUCUUCAAGAGCGUCUUGAGCAAAGUCGAUUACAGUGCCAGGAAUCUGGUGAAGACAGGCAGCGUCUUCAGGAGGUUGUCGAUGAGAUGGCUCUGCGUGUGUCCAGCAAACAGGAGAAGCUGCAAGCGUUGAAGAGUGCCACACCGGUCGAUGUGCACGACAAGGUGAGAGUGGCGAAGCAAGCCAAGACGGCAACGAAUCGAUGGAUUGACAACUUUUACACGCUCGAAGGAUACUUCAAGAGUUGCUUCUCUGGCACAACGGAAGACUUUUAUCAAAGCAUGAACAUUGCAAGUCCGCCAGAGUACAUCGAGUAGUAGAGGGAACAUGUCUUUGCUUUUGAGUCUAAAAUGCUAAGGU